AUUCAUUCAAGAAAAGUCCAUUUGUUUUGAAAACUUUCCAAUUAAUUCUUUAAAAUGUUUCUUACUCGACACUGUACGAAAUUAUCUAGUCCAGCAAGAGUUUUCUUAUCUAACAAGUUGUCAUUGAAAGAAAAAUAUUUCGGGCUUUCUUACUCUUGCCAGUGCCAUAAUACUCAAACUUCUAGAUUAUUUGCCUCUACUGCACUUGUACAAAAUGCGGCGCGUGGGUCAGAUUCUUCAAAGAGGUUGCAGUUUAGUCCAAAAACGCUACAAUCGAAUUCGUCUGAAACAGCACUAAAACCUAAUAAACCAUCGGCCAACGAUCUAUUGGAGAAGCUGAUAGCAGGUCUUUCCACUGACAUUCAUAAUAAAAACCGUGUUUACAAGAAUGACCUGGUGAGAGUGAUAAAAAAGGUGGAGGAAAUGAAUUUUUCAACCAAGAAACAAGGGUUAUUACUUAUUCGAUGUUGCACUGAAAUGAUGCCAGAUGAAACGCCCGCAACGAGAAUGGCAUUAGUAGAAAUCAUUUGGAAUGCAAUCAAACUACAUACCGAGUUUGAAGUAGAACAUUACAACGAGUUGCUAAGAGUGUACAUCGCUAACAACAGAACACUGACGGUCAGCACUUUUAUCCAGCAGAUGGCUCCGGCAAAACCUAACGUGACUACAUAUGAACUGAUAUUGCGAGCCCUUGCUGAAGCUGGUGAUUUAAACCAAAGUACUGAAGUGAUAUCUAACAUGAAAUCCCAAAACCUGCCUGCAAAUGAAAAUAUUUUCAAUUCCCUUAUAAUCUGCCAAGGAAAAGCUGGAAACCCACAGAACAUACAAGAAGUACUAACAAUGAUGAAGUCACUAAAACUGGAAAAAUCUAUCGACACAUAUACCGCAGUCGCCCGCGCCCUAGCUUGGAAUAAACGAACCCCUAACCUUCUAGAAGAAAUGGAAAACGCAAGGAGUAGAGGGUUGGAGUUUGGGGAAACACAUAUCAUGGAAAUUGUGAAAACUUUGGCCAGUAUUGGAUUGUAUGGAUCUAUACCUAAGGUUCUGCAAUUCUUACCUGACGAGAUCUUGAAGACUCCUUCCAUUUCUCCGUACAUGCAAAGUGUGUGCACACUACUGGUGUUCCAAAACCACCCGUUAGCUGCUCUGGAGAUAUACAAGUGCCUGCCGCUGCCUUCGUUUGGACCGAAGGAUGACCAAGGUUUACAUGGAAGAAGUUUGGUUAGGGACUGCGUUAAAGCAGCUAUGCCUUCAAGUGUCAUAGCGCUCGUAACCCAAGAGCUAAUGUCGUCCGGCCGGAACCCCAUAGCGCUCCACAACGCGUCCGAAGCAGCCCUACAGUUGGGCAAAGUGCCGCUGGCUUUAGACAUGUUCACGCGCAUGCAACAGCUCGGCCUGCCGAUCAGACCGCACUACUUCUGGCCGAUACUGCUGCAUAACUCGAGGAGCUAUGGCGAGAAAGGUAUAAUGAACACCCUAAAAACAAUGGUGACCAUGGACGUCAAGCCAGACUACGAGACUAUAAUGGAGUAUACGUUACCGUACGUCAGUUUUACGUCACCCCAGAACCUGAUGAAGAAAUUCCUCGACACCGGACUGACUGUAAGCACAGUACUUACGCCAAUGAUGGACACAUUGCUGAAGACUGGGCAAGUGAGAGCGGCUAGUGAGAUAUGCGAGCUAUUCGAAGGGAAAAUAGACGCCGAUAAGUUACUUAAACCCCUGCUUAGAGGUUACCUGAUGAGUGGAGACGUGAAGUCUACGGUGUACAUAUUAGAAGACAUCUUGAAAAAGGCUACAGACAAUAAUAAAGACUGGGUGGGCAGAUUCCUGUGUGUUUUUAUGCAGCACAAGAAAGUCGUUGAGGAUUUGACGGAGUUCAUGGAUUUGGCUAAGGCAAUAAAAGCGGCAAGACUGAAGAUAUCCACGUCAGCAUCAGACUACUGCAUGAGCCGUCUGCCGGAGAAGCACAGUCGCGAAGCUUCCGCGGCGUUCCGUGACAUCCUCGUCGAGGUCACGGACGACAGGCUGGUGGACGAAGGAGACUUGUUCGCGCAGCAGAUGCCGCACCCAAAACAAAUGAACGAAGAGUCCUUACGCGCGCAUUUGAACGAGUUGGAAGCUAAGGGUAUGAACACACGCGGCGUGCUAAGGAAGUUGUUACAACAGUACUGCAGGGAUGGGAACUUAGCUGAGGCUAGGAAGAUAGCCGAGAAAUGCCAGAAGGAAGGGGUGUUUCUAUCAGCGGGCAUGAAGGCAGCCAUCUUCGACCUCCACGUGAAGCUGGGCGAGCUAGACUUAGCGGAGAUAGCUCUGGCCGACCUGAACAAAACGUCACCCAACUUCACUUUAGACGAAUUCAAGGUUAUCGACUUUGCGACCCUCAUGGUUUAUAGGAAGAAGAUAGAACAAGCAUUUGAGCUGAUAAAUGAACAGUCAAAGAAAAGGCGUAUAGUAGGCGGUCGCAGCAUCGCAAUGAAUUGCUGGCGGCUGUUAGACGCGACGGCGGCGCACGGGACCCAUUUGGAGACCAUCAAAAUGUUCGAUAUGCUCACAAGUUUGCGGUAUUGCAAGCCGUCAAAUGUACUGCUGGGGCCGCUGAUACGGGUGCAUUUGAAAAAUGACAACCUCCAAGAAGCAGUGAACGAAUUCGUCCGUCUAGCGAGCAAAUAUUCCAAAACGCCUCUCAAACACGAACUUUUAUCCCAAAUAAUGGCCAAAAUGGGCGAAGGGCACUCGGAAGAGAAGUUCCUUGUGAAUGAAAAGUCAAACGGACGCUUCAACAAAAUGGCGCAGACUGUUCUGAACAUUGAUAAGAAAGUCCACGGGGCUAGUGACGUGCAGCUCACCCUAAUAGCAGCGUUAGCCGAAGUGGGCUACAAGAAGACUCUCCGCAAGCUGUUCCUAGACCCGUCCGUAACGUUUCACCCGGACGCACUCUUGCGCCGAUGCGAGCGAUUCGCGGACGAACGCAAGGUGAAGCCGCUCGAGACGAUAGCCGAGUGUGCGAACGGCGUUAGACGCGUGCCCGUGCAAGAGGUUUAUGACCUGAUGUUGGAUGUUUAUCAGCGCGAAGACGACGCCCAAGGAGCGCUAUCUCUCUGGACCAAAAUGCAGGAAUCAGACGCUAUUCCUUCUCAAAAGUUCGUAUCCAGCAUUUGUUCUAUGCUCAAAGCGAACCACAAACCCAUCCCGUCUGACCUGCUCGCGCUACUUGAUAAGCAGGAUAAGAAAGCCAGCGUUGAAAUUUAGAAGUGUAGCAAAUGUAAGUCUAAUGUCUGUGAUAUAGUAAAUUAUUUUGAAUUAAAAUGAUUAUGG